UUGCAGUGCCAGUCGAGGUUUGGCAGUUCGGCGGGCGGUUGGUCUGUCGCACAUUGCACACUUUUCGCAUAGGUGUGCUAUAACCAGAGUGUUGCCCACUUCUUAGCCAGCGGAAAUUGUAUAAUAAUUACGGAAAAAUACAAUAAAAACCGACCUGGACUCAAUUCGGAUUUGUGUCAGUGCUAGAAAGAAAAUGCUGCAGCGGCAGAAAUCGACGGCUAGCAAACGAUUUGGCAGCAGCCUUCCCUCAAGAACCAUUCCCAUUCCCCAUCGGGCAGCCAAGUGAGUUGGAUAAAAUGGCUUUGGCAGCGACCCCAACAGCAGGACCUUCGCAUGGCGGCUUGGCCAUGGCCGUGAAUCCGGCCGGUGGCUACGAUGGUAGUGCCAGCAAUCAAUACGAGGAGAAUGCCGACCAUUUGCGCCAACUGUUCAGCCAGAACCAGCUGGUCUCCUUUAGCAUUGCCCAUAUCGCGUGCUCCGCGGGCAGCAGCAGCGGCGACAACUACAUGUCCGUGGUGAAGCGGGUCACCAUCAGCCAGGCGCCGGACCAGGAUCGGGAUCGGGAUCGGGAUCAGAAUCAGGAGCAGGGGAGGAGUGAAAUUGUCACAGUAAUUGUCAAGCGGCAAAUUGCGAGUCUGUCGCGCCGGCAGCUCUACCGGUGCGAGGAGGCCUUCAGCAACGAGAUCAACGCCUACCGACACUUGGCGCCCCUUUUGACCGCCCACAGCCGCCAGCAGCUGUUUCCGGUGUGCCACAUCGCGGAGAGCCAGGAUCGCAGGGAUUCGGAAGGCGGGGAGCCAAUAAUCGUGCUGCAGGACCUCAAAGCCUUGGGUUUCCGGAUGAAGGAUCGUCUGGCGGGCUUGGAACUGAACGACUGCCUUCUGGUGAUGAAGAAACUGGCUCAACUCCACGCAGCCUCGCUGGCCGCCCAGGAACUAGAGUCCUCGUCCUUUGCCUCCCGGGCCAAUAACCUUCAGGAGAUUGUCUACUGUGAUGAGGCGACGGACUUUUAUGCCGCCAUUCUGGACACCUCCGUGCAGCAGGCCCUGGAGAGUCUAAGUGGCUCCAAUGCAGACGAUAGUCUGACCACACCCAUUGGUCUGCUGGAGGAACUUCGAUCGAACUUGUUUGGAAACCUGAAGCGAGAUAUUAAUGCCACUGUGGAGGCUCCAAAUAGUGUGAUCUGCCAUGGUGACCUUUGGGUAAACAACAUAAUGUUCCGCUCUGAGCCGGAGGAGGUGAUCUUCUUCGAUCUGCAGGCCAUGCGCCGGUCGUCGCCUGUUUUUGACAUUCUCCACUUUAUUUACACCAGCACGAGAAGGCAGUUGAGGGAUGUGCACACAGAUACCCUGCUGGCCGCCUACUCCGAAGCUGUGGGUCAGGAACUGAGGCACCAGCUGGAGGAUACACCCGCUGCUGAGCGACUAGGGGAGCUGUGCGAAGCCUUCUCUUUGCAGCGUGUCAGUACGGAGUAUGUGCGUCAGGUGCACUAUGGCCUGGCCAUCGGCAUGUGGAUCCUGCCAGCUGUCACCUUCGAUCCGGACAAUCUGCCCAAUCUGGACGUGAUGAGCGAGCAGAAUCUCACUGGAAAGGAGAUCAAGUGCACCCAGAUGCUCACUUCCGAGUACCAUUUGCGCAUCCGGGAGCUGGUCAUGGAGUUUUAUGAGCUCGGUUAUCUCGAAAUGCAAAAGCAAAACUUUUAAGAGUAUUCAUAGUCACGUAGUGCUAGUAUUAACUUAUAAACUCUAACGUUCGAAAUAAAUAGAUUAUAGAUUUGCCCUUGAGGAACUAUA